AUGACAAGACUAAAGUAGCACUGUCAAUAAAAUAAAAUUAAAAAAAGACUCAAAAGUCAGAAAGCAAAGGAUGAACAAUUUUUCUAAGCGAUUAGUCGAUUACUAAGAAGUUUCAUCAUAAAUUCAAGGAAAUGCAAUCACUAAUCCACUUUUUGACACUAAUGUUUACUGCGUUUUGCCUAUUUAUGUGUCAAUAACAUUCACUGUUACUUGUAUUUACUUUCAUCUUUCUAGUUCAUCAGUACUAAUCUUUCUAGCUCAGCAAUACCCUUUGGUUAAGCACUGCAAGAAAGAAACCGAAGAAAGUAAUGAGAGACAGUGCGCCAAAAUCUUAAGCAAUUACAUGGGAUUCAGCAAAUUUAUAAGUUGGGUUGGAAGUUUGCUAUUCAGUAACUCUGCUCAAGUAUCUGGUGUUAAUGAUAAAGAGCUUGAGCAUGAUGACGAUCAGCCAGGAAACAAGAAAAGAAAAACAACUCAUGAAAGCAUGGUGAUUUAUGAUCACGAGCAAGGGUCUUCUUCAGCUUCCAGUUCCCAGCCCAUAUGUCACUCGGAUUGGCUAUUAUCUAAUGAUUCUUCUGUCUGUCAUAAGAAGUGGGCUCUGAAAUUCAAAACAAAUAGACUAUUUUCUCGAGCCCUUGAUGUUUGUAAAGAAGUUGAGCACGAUGAGAUUCAGCCAAAAAAGAUGCGAAGGCUGGAGGUUCAACACUGGUUAACUGCUGUAGAUAAAAUUAGAGACGAGGUUCAAAACAUAGCAACAGAUGAUCAGAGCAUAGAAAACUUCACUUCACAAGUUGAUGAACUGUUACAGUGGGGUCACUUUCCGCAUGGAUAUGUAUUGCAUGAUCAUAGCCCAAUACAACUUUUGCUCCCGUCAAAGAAUCCAGCAGGGAAAAUGUUUGCAUCGAAUACUGCAACUAUUCUUGAAUGGUUGAAAACUAAUGAAAGCUGCAUUAUUGGUGUGUAUGGGAUGGGUGGUGUAGGGAAAACUACUAUGUUGAGGUCGAUAUAUAAUGAGCUCCUGAAACAGGACACCUUUGGACGUCCUUAUUGGGUAUCUGUCUCGCAAAAUUGUGAUGAGCACAAACUGAGAAAUGAAAUUGCUCAAGAGCUUGGUGUGAUCCUCUCUGGAGAAGGUGAUGAUAGGAAGAGAGCAGCUAUUUUACACGAACGAUUAUCCAAAAUGAGCCCGACAGUACUUUUCUUAGAUGACAUGUGGAAAUGGAAUCCAUUCUUGGGAAAGGAUAUCGAAUUUCCUCUUAAAGACAGCUGUUGCAAGAUCAUUUUAAGCAGUCGUUCAUCUAAAGUGUGUCAAGAAAUGGGAUGCAAAGACUUUACCAUCAAGGCAAAAGUUCUGCCGGAAGGUGAGGCUUGGAACUUGUUUGUUGACAAGCUUGGACAUUACAACACACUUACAGAAGAAGCAAAAGGAAUCGCAAGAUCAAUAGCCAAAGAGUGUGGUGGUUUGCCACUUGCAAUUGCUACAAUGGCUCGCAGUAUGACUGAGGUGGUUGAUGUCCGUGUAUGGAAUGAUGCUCUAAAUGAGCUGAGACAAUCUUCUUGUGAGCAGAGUGACAUGGAAGAACACGUGUUUUCAGUAUUAAAGUACAGUUACAAUCGCCUUAAUGACCAAAGGCUGCAGAAUUGCUUCUUAAGUUGCAUACUUUAUCCUGAAGACAAGAAGAUAAAAAGGGAGGAGAUAAUAUAUGAAUGGAUUAUGGAAGGAUUGCUGGAUGAUGCAGGGAGCAGAUCAAAGCAGCUGAACAAGGGCCAUACAAUCUUGAAUAAACUGAUAAACUCAUGCUUGUUGGAAGCAUGCACUGCUUAUGGUUCUGAAGGUGUUAAGAUGCAUGAUUUGAUGAGAGAUCUGGGUAUUAUGAUCACAAAAGGAUAUCCUUGUUUCAUGACAAAAUCAGGACUUCGACUGCUGGAAGUACCAGAAGAAGACCAGUGGAGCAAAGAUCUAGUGAAAGUUUCAUUAAGUUGGAAUGAUAUCAGUGAAAUUCCAUGUGGUGUGGCACCUCUGACACCAAAUCUUACAUUGCUCAAGCUCAAUAAAAAUCCUCUGACAGUGAUCCCAAAAUCAUUCUUUCUGCACAUGCCAGCCCUCACAGUUCUUAAUUUAUCUAGAACUAAUAUUCAGAGGUUACCAGAUAGUGUUUCUGAUUUGGAAAAUCUAAGGGCUCUUCUACUUGAUUCGUGUGACGAGCUAACAUAUGUGCCAUCUUUAGCAAAGCUUUCAAAAUUGAGGGUACUGGAUCUAAAAUAUGAUAUAAAGCUUGCAGAAGCGCCAAAGGGAAUAGAAAGAUCGAAAUGUCUAGAAAAGGUAAGCUAUUGGCCAUGGGAUAUAUCUGACAGCCCUGGCUUUAAUAAGCUUAUUCAAUCUUUACCUUCAUCAUUAAGUUGCUACAGAUUCUGUCUUCAUGACCCGAAAUUGUUCAAAACCACUUAUUUUUAUGGUUGUCUGAAGGAUUGGAAUCAUAAAAAUUUUUGGGUGGAUGAGAAUAUAGUGUUUGUAGCUGGGGCAGAAAUAGGAGAUGACAAAACCACUUAUUUGCUCCCAACAACAAUCGAAAAGCUGGAGAUACUUGAAUGUAAUGUGAACAGAAGAAAUCUGGGAGAUGUUUUUCCUACCUUGGGUGUGGCAAUAGACUUGAGGGUAUUGUCUGUAAGUUCUUGCAAAGGGUUAAAGUACAUAUCAUCACCAUCAUCAUUAAUUGCAGGGGAUAUUAAUCUUUAUGAUCUGCCUGAUUUGAGAGGGAUAAUAGAAUUCGGAGGAUGCUCUUUUUCCAAGCUUCGCCGUCUAGUAAUAGAAUUUUGUCCAAAAAUAAAAGUCAUCUUUCCCCUCAUGGAGAAGCAGCUUUCUCUUCCAAAUCUGGAAUAUUUUGUGGUGUCAAAUUGUGAGGAGUUAGAGGAGAUAUUUGAAUCCAACUCCGUUCUUGCUCUUCCUAAUUUGGUUUAUUUAUACAUAGGUUUCCUACCAAAGUUACGAAGACUUUUCAUGAACCUGCAUCUUUGUACUUUGCUAGAAAAGCUUUGUGUGUGGGACUGCGAAGAGUUGGAAGAGAUAUUCGAGAGCAGUGGCAGUAGUAGCUCAUCAUCUACAACUUCACAGAGUGAGACAGAGACACUAGUAGUUGAUCCCAUGAAUGCUUGCAAUCCACAACCCAACCUUAUCUCUGCUCUCUUCAGAUUGCAGGAAAUAAGUUUGGGAAAUUUACCAAAGUUGGGAAGCAUUUAUAAGGACCUGCACCUGUGUACUUCUUUGCAACAGCUUGAAUUCAUGGAUUGCCCGAAGAUAGAGCAAAUAUUCGGAGCACCCAAAUUUGUACUUGCUCUCCCUAAUUUAUGGAGGCUAAAAUUACUGAGGCUACUGAAUCUGAGCAGCAUACAUAGAGGGCUACUCCUCUGCACUUCUCUAAGGUAUCUCAAUGUAGAAGGUUGUUUAAAGCUGAAGAGGGUGCCAUUGUCCCACCACCUAAUUUGUGAUGGCUCAUCGUCUAGUUUACUUUCACUGCCCUCUAAGUCUGACAACCCGGAGUUGUGGGAGCUCUUACAGCGCAACUACUCUGAGGAUGCGCGUCUCCUAUCUGAUUUUAUACGAGAUCAUGCUGAACUUCAAGAAUGUAAUCAGAACCAGUUGAAGCUGAAAAGAAAAUGGAGCGACCCUGAUGAUAAUGCUUGUGCUUUCACUGAUUAUGUCAAUCAAGUUUCACUACCACCCUCCCUUCAAACUGUAGGUGAUGAUGAUGAAGAUGAACAAAAUGAUCAAAGGAAAUGGGGUGCAUCCUUAUCCUUAUUUCUCCCUCUUGUUAGUUUUUGACAUUUAAUUUGUAAAUUAACUUUGUUAUAUGCGUUUGGAACUUAAUGUGCAUUUGGAA